AAUGAAAUUAAUAAUCAAUCAUUGUGAGUAGAUUUGCCAAAGAAAUUAGGCUCCAACCCAAUUGAAGACUUGAUCUUUGAUUCUAUACUCAAAGAAAUUUAAAAAACUCAGUGUUUUUGUCUAUCAAGCUGUGUAUUAUUAAAGAAUGGAUUCACCAAUGGGGGAGAAAAGUAUUCCAAACUUGAGUGAAUUUAUAUUUUCCUCCCUAAAAUCAGUGAGUGAUAAACCAAAGCAAAUAUCAAAAUCCAAACCUUUCAAUGAUAGCAAUUUACACGAUAAAACCACAGCAGAAACCCCAAAUCUUAGCGGUGUUCCAUUAAGUUGCGAACCAGGGCCAGUCAGGGAUGAAAAUUGUUCAUCUUUAAGAAUGCUUUCAGACAAGCCAACGACUGAAAUCAUCCACUCUCACUGUAAGACCAGAUAUACUAAUAACGAUUCGAGAUGGGAAAUUCUUUUAAAUCUUGGCUCGAUGAAAUAUACAACCGGAAAUGGGAAUUCUCUGAAGUCGAGUUCAGGCUGCUGUUCAGCAGUAGACAAGAUCGGAAGACCUGAUACACCUCUGCAACCCAGACUGUUGAAUGUUGUGUCUGUUAAUUCAAAGAAAAGUAGAUCUUUUCUGGACAAGAAGGCAGAAAGCAAUCUAAGUGAAGGGAUUAACGAAAGAGAAUGUAAUGAUUGCCACACGAUCCCUCAAAAAAACUAUUUCACCUCGAGAAGUAUCAAAAGUCAACCGGAAAGCUCCCACGAAAUUCUGACGGAUGAGAUACCAUUACAUGAUUGUUUGUCCGGGGCAGAAAAUUUCGGCUUGAAAUCCUCAAGUUCCGUGAGUCAAGAUACUUUAAGCAGUCAACACAGCACGAGAGAAGAAUACGGAUGGCAGGGAGAUUGUGCUCAUUCUAGAAGCAAAGAUCCUAUAUGUGCAAUAUCCACAGCAGCAACACUAUCCUCCACGAUUUACAGUAAUACACGAGAAUGUCUCUCCACUUCUUCAAAUGAUCACCGGUGUGUUAAAGCUUGUGAUGGUCAGUUCAGCAAGAGUGAGGAUUCACACGAAACCAGUUUUUGCAAUAAGACACAACAUGAACAUAAUGCCACAGGAGGCCCCGCAAUAAGUAAAGUUUUGGAAAGUUCUUUCAACUCUGGUGUGUCGGACUAUAAAGUUGAUUAUGAGAGAGAUGAGGAUGGAACUCCAGUAAACUGUAACAAUAUUCCCCAACAUGAGAACCAAAAUCAACACCAGUCUUAUAAUUACGCAGUCAAGAAAAACGUCACCAAAAUAUCAUCUACUGAAGCGAAACCAGUAGUGACACGUCUUGAAAACAUAGAAAAGAACACAACUCACUCGAAAAUUUGCGAAGAACUACAAAUACCCAUGGUCAAAGAAAUAAAGAGCGGCGAACAGACUGAGGCUGAUCUUAAACAGGAAAAUAUUUUUUCAUACCGUCCACGGACAAAAUAUCCCAAAUCAAAGGAACGGAAGAAACUAAAGAGGAAGGCCGAGUCUCACAACUCAUUGGAGCUGCGCAAAGCGUACGAUGCAAAACAGAGAGCUGAAACCAAGAAACUUGAUGGUCUGAAAUUAAAGAAACCAGAAAAUAAAAUGGAUAUCAAACAUAGAAAAUUCAUCUUAAAAGAGCUUCGUGAUUAUAAAAAGGGCAUACCAACAGAGAAUGAUAAAAUUAAUUGCUCUGGAGAAGUAACCAAUUGCAGGAAGAAAAACCUAUUUGUUGUCGAUUACACGAAAGAGAACCUUGCGAUCUAUAGCAGCCCUGGAAAGACCCUGUUUGUUAAACUGGAAUCUGAAACAAAUCACUAUCGGAACAAUUCCAAGAAUUAUGAUUUGGAGAAGAUUGAUCAGACAAGAAUUAUAUUACAUCAGGGAGAAAAUACCAGCCACGUUUAUGAGGAUGAUUUUGAAAGUGACGAAGAUGAUUCACCUUCCAAGCCCGGUGCUGAGCUGUUCGAUUUAAGAAACAGCAUCAGUCUUUUAGAUUCUAAGACUGCAAAUCGGGAAGCAGGUCGGUUGAUUGGUAACAAAAACGGAUAUGUUGAAAUGGCUCGUCGGUUAAAAGCUUCAUUGGGAAUCGGAAAAGAACUUUCCGCUCAGACUAUGGUUUUCAACGAUGACCAGACAAGUUGCGAACAGUUACAAUGUGCAACAGAAGCAAAAACGUACGCUUAUUCCACAAAUCCAGGCCAGUCUGCAUCUUAUGCAGGAUACAUGAAUCUUCCACCAAUAGAAAUGAACAAUUUCGUAGUCCAAAGACUCCCUAAACAUUCAUACUCACAAAACAAAACAGGUGGAUUGGCGAAAGAUGUCCUGCUGUCAGGGGAUAAAGCAAUGGAAAUUUCUCGCAGAAAUUUGAAUCAGCGUUAUUGGUUUGCUCAAAGCGAAAUAAAGGGGAUUCAGAAAUCACCAAGAUCUUUGUCCUGGGUAAAGAAGCCAACUCCCAAAUACGACAUCGACAUCUUGGAGACCCGCGCCAGAGCCCCGUCCUUUGACACCCAUAUGGAUUGCGAAUUCCCGGGUAGAUUUCAAAGUCAAUAGUUAUUGACUGUGGGUAGAUCUUAACUUAAAGUCAGUAGUUAUUAUUGACUUUGUGGGUAGAUUUCAAAGUCAGUAGUUAUUAUUUUGAGGAAUUCUUAAAAGUUGAUGAUUGGAUUCACACUGUAAAAAAAAAAAACAAUUACCGCGGGUGGGGAUUUAAAAAUUAAAGAAAAAGUAUUUCUGAUUUGUCAUAAAACACUUUUUUUUCAUACACUGUAAGAAGUGAUGUCAUCAAUUACAAUUUCGACCCACAAUUAAAAUGUAAAAAUCAUGGAGUUUCAUUAACUUUAUCAAAUUAUUUCCUUCCUUACCUUACUAACAUUAGUGA